AUGGCCACCCGGCGACCCGGAAAAUCAUACGCAGAUGCCGCUGUCCCUGGCUCUACGCCGGGCGAGACGCCCUCAGAACUAAGCUCCGAUACUUCGCCUGCUGUGCCGAUGCAUGUAAUCUACAAACUGAUUGGCUUUACUAUCGCCAUGAUCACGACGCCCGUGGGAAUGUAUUUCGUCUCAGUGACGUUUGGGGCGAGCACUACUGUUGCUGGGAUUAUUGCGGCCGUCAUGGCGAAUAUCAUCCUGUUUCUGUAUAUCUAUGUUGCGUGGCAGGAGGAUAAGGAGGAGAGGGAAGCGGACGCGGCGAGAAGGAAGGGGGCGAAGGCUCAGUAA